CACAAUUCACACUACAAAUCAAAUUCAGUGAGAGAGAGAGAGAGAGAGAGAGCAAAGGAGGAGGAGAGAAAGGGAUGCUCUUAGCAGGUGCCAAAUAUUGAGAGAGAGGAGAAAGAGAGAAGCAGACAGACAGAGAGAGUGAAGGGGAUGAACACUCAGCCACAGGUUUUCACACCAACAAUCUCUGGUCUGUAAAAGUCUGUGAGUUCGGAAUCGUGCGUGUAUCUUCUGCGCGAUGCUGUGUUCGGCUGUCCUGGCAGUGCUGCUGGUCUUGCUGGCCCCGCUGGACCCCAGCCACGCCCGAAGCCUGCACACCCCCGACCAGGCCAUGCAGGUCAUUGAGCAGUUCCUUGAGCGAUACAAUGACCUUUUGGCAUUAGAUGAUUUGGAAAAUCUCACCAGUGACCACCCAGAGGAGCCCGUGCAAGCAUUUAAUUCGGGGGUGAAAGUGGCAGAGUAUCCCAAAUGGAUUGACAUCCCUACUCAGAAUGAAAACUCCUGGCUCCGUCUCCUCAAGGGCACUCUGGCCAAUCAGAAGCGAGCCUUAUCAGACAGGUCUCGGAGGGGCUGGAAUCGUGGCUGCUUUGGCCUAAAAUUGGACCGGAUCGGCUCUAUGAGCGGCCUUGGCUGCUAAUGAUGGACAGAGGGACAAGACCAAUGGGAGGUGACUGUUCUGCUAAGCUUUAGAUAGAGGUUGCCUCCAAGAACAGAUCUAGAGCUAGUUUUACCCAUCUUAACUUACAUGGUCAGCAUCAGAACUUCUCUCAGAUCAGCUGUUGGGGGCAACUUCUAGCAGCUUCUAUUGAACAUGCAGUGGAAGACUCGAUAACUACAUGGGUGACCUCCUUAUGCUGUUUCUUUCACUCCGCUUGUGUCUUACUGUACUGUAAAUUGGUUUAUUACUAUUAAGUGCUGUAACAUUUUAGUGUCUAUUCGAGAUCUGUCUGUACUGUGAUGGUAGAGGAGUGAAAUUAAGCUCUGUUCACUUAUAUUAUUAUGUUAGAUAACGCAAAGAACAUUUUAUCUUUUGGAUUAUAGGGAACCAUUGGUAACUAUAUUUCAGACUGUUCUGGGGACAUGCAUGGUUAAUGUUCAAAAUUAACAUGGUUGACUUUUAUGUUUAUGUAUGUUUGGCAUGAAUAAAAUGUUUCUAAAAUCA